AUGAAGACGAGGCCGCAUUGUAAAGCCGACCACGCUACGCUGUCUACACAGAACACCUACAGCUUAAGCGAAGAGUUCGCUCUGCCUGUUCUGAUCCCUGGAUGCAUCAUCAACCUGCUGCACAACGCGAGAACCAUCCCAGCGACGAUUCAGCGUAAGAGAGCAGAAGCCCAAACGCCCGGCGUUCAUUUAACGACACCUCAACUUUUCUCCAACUUCAUCACAACAUCAUCACAUCACCACAUUAUCACCAUCACCAUCACCAUCACCACCAGCAGCUUCCACCGAAGAAGAAAAACGACCAGCGGAAAAGCAGCCGUCGAGCCUCUUCACGGCGGUCUCCACGCUGCAAGCGCGAAGAAAAGAAAAGAAAAGACAAAGUAA